AUGACUUUGACUCAUACAAUUGGUGCAAACGGCACGCACGUGUUCUACUCGUCUUUUCUCGGUAAGUAUCUUUUAGUCACAGAUACCUCCAUUGAGGAAAGUGACAUUAUGGCUUCGGUCCACUCGAAGGAUGUCACCACUACAAUUUCAUGUAUUUUGGGCUGUGUUAAGUCAAAAUUGAACAAAUACCUCAUUGUUGUCGACAAGCAUGAGAUUACGGGAUCAAUCUUGGGUAACGAAAUUGCAAAGGUCGAAUCUUUUAAAAUCUAUUCACUCGGUAGCAAUACACUCUACAAGAAAGACACCGAGGAGGGUCAGUACUUGGCAUUGUUGCGCCAGCACUUAAACAAUGCCACUCUUUUCUUUUCUGUUAACAACGCUUACGAUUUGACAAAUUCUUUACAGCGUCGGCUUGGUGGUUCUAGUGAGGUUUCACAAAGAGACGAGCGCUUUUGGUGGAACCAGUACUUAUGUGAAGAGUUUAUGGAAAGCGGUGCUCACAGCUUUGUGACUCCUGUGAUUUACGGUUACGUUAAGUCCCAUUCAGCUCAGUUUAAAGGAAACCAAAACUUGGACUUUGCUUUGAUCACGCGUCGUUCUCGCAUUCGAGCGGGCACCAGGUAUUUCCGUCGUGGAAUCGACGAUUCUGGGGCAGUUGCGAACUUCAAUGAAACCGAGCAGAUACUCACGACUGCUGGUGGUCAAGUUUACUCCUUUUUGCAAACGAGAGGCUCUGUGCCUGUGUAUUGGUCUGAGAUCAAUAACUUGAAGUAUAAGCCCAAUUUGGUUGUUUCGUCCCGCCCUUCCCAGGACGCGACAGCGAAACAUUUUAAGGAACAGGUCGAGCUCUAUGGCGACAACUUCUUGGUCAAUUUGGUGAACCAAAGCGGGUACGAGAAACCAGUCAAAACCGCAUACGAGAAAGCGGUCGACACAUUGCCUCAGACGCUCGCGAAUCAUGUCAAGUACAUCUAUUUUGAUUUCCAUCAUGAAUGCAGAAACAUGCGCUGGGAUAGGGUGAAGAUAUUGAUCGAGCGGUUGAUUGACUUGGGAUUCACGAGCGACAACUACUUCGCCUACGAUUUGCAGACCAGGUCUGUCCUCAACUUGCAGAGGAAGAUCGUGAGAACUAACUGCAUGGACUGUUUGGACCGUACCAAUGUUGUACAGUCCAUGUUGGGCCGCUGGAUUCUUCAACAUCAAUUUGAGAAGGCCCAUUACCUAUCGGAAAAUACGGUCACGCCAUGGGAGAUUUUGGACCCACUGUUUAAUUUGUUUUUCCAGAGCUUUUGGGCCGACAACGCCGAUGCAGUAUCAUGUGCCUAUUCAGGCACAGGCGCUUUGAAGACUGAUUAUACCAGAACUGGACAGAGGACAAAAGCAGGUGCGUUCAAAGACUUGACAAACUCCAUCACGAGGUACUAUCUUAACAACUACAGAGAUGGUCUGAGGCAAGACUCUUACGACUUGUUCUUGGGCACGUACAGGCCCUAUAGAGAUGCGACAGUAAAUCCAUUUCUUGACAAGAGAACACCCUAUGCGCAGAUGGUGCCGUAUUUGAUUGGGGCCUCGUUGUUUGUUCUAGUUGCCUUGUUGUUUUACCCCAGUGGCUCCGUGGCCAGUAUGCGCAACUUGCUCUUCAUAGGUGGGUGUCUCUACUAUGGCGUGCGCAACUUUUUCUUUGUUCUCAAGAACGGCUAUCAGUUUGUCAACUGGCCUAAGUUGUCCCCAUUGGACUACUUGAAAAAAACCGAUGUCUUCAACCUAGACGGAAAAUUUGUUGGAAUCAAAUACGAAGAGACUGAUGACUUCAAGACGUCAAAGAAACUUAACUGA